AUGGGCUCGACAGCAUCCGAGAAUGGAAACGAUGCCAACGACUUUGCCCUCGUGUCAGGAUUCUACGGCCCUGGUGCGAUAGCAUGCUGGCACUACCUCAUUGCCUUAUUCGCCAUGGGCUGGGCUUUCAAUCCUGAAGGAGUACGGUAUAUGCGCUACCCGACCCCCGAUUUCGCAGCCGUGAUGCUUUACCCCAUCGUUGCCAUCGGCCAUCUCGUCGUCCAGAUCCGUCACUUCCCCCCGGAACAGUCCGACUAUCUCGCUGCGAAUCUCGCCAAUGCAAUCGACAGUCGGGGCGCACUCGACGAGGCUGUCUUGCCGCUCGCCCCGGAUGGGCUCAAGUACCAGAUCGAUGCCUCAAGUGAGCUCCGCAAAGAGUUGUAUCCCCGCAUUGUUGCGAUGAACGUGGCUUUGCGAGUAGCCGACCUCUUCAGCGACCUCUGCCUGUUCUUCAUCCUGUGGAUCGCGCUCGGGACUUUGGUUCGCCAUGUGCGGUCACGCAACCCGAGGCAAAUCCCUUGGCUGGUGCUUUACUCCUCUGUUGCCGGCCUCCUCUAA